AUAGUAUUUCAGUGUGUGAGUGUAGUGAAUAGUGUAUAUACUUUGUGUAGUGUUAGUAUCACAAUGCAAAAGCAGAAUAAUACUCUGCCUCGAGUGAAACGAACAGAAACAUGGAAGAAGAAACGGCUGGACACAUGGUUCGGGAGGCCGAAGAAAACAGGCGGCGGCGGCGUCGAACGCGGCUACGAAACGGUCCCUCGGGGGGCCGACCCGAAGGUCGAGGACGAGGCCGCCGCCGAGUAUACCAGCAAAAUCAAGGCGCUCGAUGACAAUCAUUUAUCCAAAAGAUUUGAGGAGAUGCUUAGCGACAUGAACCUUAGUGAAGAAAAGAAAGCACCUCUCAGAAAAUAUUCAAGAGAUCAGAAACAGAAGAUGUUGAUCGCAUAUAAGUUCGUUAAUGCCCAGGAAGGCAGGUCCAAAUUCGAGAAACCCUCCGACUACUUAGCCUACCUCAGUCAGCCAGAUAUCUCAGUUGGGAAACUGCACAGUUGCCUGGAGAAUCUUCGAAUAGCGCUCACGAACAACCCGCUGUCCUGGAUAGAAGAGUUCGGCACCAAAGGAAUCACAACUCUGCUGACUACCCUUAACUUGUGUUAUGUGCAUGACUCCCGCUACGAUCGAGUACAGUACGAGUGCAUUCGUUGCAUAUCAGCCAUCUUGAACAACACAGUCGGAAUCCGGACUAUGUUCGAAUGCAGAGAAUCUCUACCAGUGCUGGCUAGGAGUUUGGACGCAAAGAAACCCCAUUGUGCCUUAGAGGCGGCUAAGGUUUUAGCCGCCAUUUGUUUUAUCCCCAAUGGCCACGAGAAAGUCCUGGAAGCCAUUACGAUGGCCGGAGAAUCAAAUCAACGACCGAGGUUCCUGCCUAUCGUGGAAGGUCUUCAUCCUAAAGCGCCGGAGAGUUUAAAGAACGGCUGUAUGCAAUUGAUAAAUGCGAUAAUCAUUGAUCCAGAAGAAUUAGAGUUCAGGAUGCAUCUACGCUGCGAGUUUAUGAGGACUGGACUUGUUGAUCUGAUUGAUGAUCUCCGAAAAGGCGCAGAGGGAGCUCGGCAGAUACAGAUAUCCGCGUUUGACAGUCACGCCUCGUCCGACCAAGAAGAGUACUUGGCGAAGUUUGAUGAUGUUAGAGUCGACUUUAACGACACAAAUGACUGCUUUGAGCUGGUGAAGACCUUAGUGAUGGAUACACCUGCUGAGCCUUACCUACUGUCAAUAUUGCAGCAUCUACUUUUCAUCAGAGAUGAUGAACUUAUCAGGCCCGCAUACUACAAGCUGAUAGAAGAAUGCAUCACACAAAUAGUUCUGCACAAGAAUGGUUACGAUCCAGACUUUCGAGCGACACAGCGCUUUAGUAUAGACGUUCAGCCGCUUAUAGAUGGACUUAUAGAAAAAUCAAGAGCAGAAGAAGAACGUAAAAUAGAAGAGUUGACAACAAAGUUGGAAGCGGCAAUUGCAGCUAAGCAAGAAGCAGAAGCACGCGCCGCUCAUCUUGAGGAUCGCCUUAAAGGCGCUCCCGCUGGUGGUCUGCCGCAGUCUACUGUUGCUGCAAUCGCUAAGGUCAUAGGAAGUCCAGGAGGUCCCCCACCACCACCGCCCCCUCCCAUGCCCGGAGGUGGAGGCGGACCUCCCCCGCCGCCGCCGCCCCCGAUGCCUGGUGGGAUGGGCGGCCCCCCUCCGCCCCCUAUGCCGGGCAUGGGAGGCCCCCCGCCGCCCCCCAUGCCAGGUAUGGGGGGACCUCGGCCGCCCCCGCCGCCUGGUGGUUUCAUGGCUCCAAGAAUGCCACAACCAGAUGUUCUACCACAUGGUCUCAAACCGAAAAAGAAGUGGGAGGUGGAAGGUCCCCUUAAAAGGGCAAACUGGAAGACGAUUAUUCCACAGAAAAUGUCAGAGAAGGCUUUCUGGGUCAAGGUACAAGAGGAUAAGUUGGCGUCCCCAGACAUUCUCAGUGGGCUCGCUCAGAAGUUCUCCAGCAAACCUGUGGCUAAGAGAAAAGAGGAUGCUGUUGAAAAAAUGCCAACACUAAAGAAAGUCAAAGAUCUUAAAGUGCUAGACAGUAAAGCAGCUCAGAGUUUAUCCAUAUUACUGGGCGGAUCUCUAAAACAUAUGUCAUACGAACAUAUACGCACGUGCAUAUUGAGGUGUGAUACCAACGUGUUGAACGCAAAUGUACUAGAUCUGUUAAUACAGUAUCUCCCACCAGCGGAUCAACUAAAAAAACUAGCAGAACUGAAAUGUAAAAGCGAAGAGUUGACAGAAGCGGAACAAUUCGCGGCCAUAGUGUCUGAUGUAAAGAGGCUGGUGCCAAGGCUGAGGAGUUUGGCCUUCAGGGAACACUAUUCGGAGAUCAUAUCCGAGGUUAAACCGGAUAUAGUUUCAGGUACGGCGGCGUGUGAAGAGGUGAAAUCGAGUGGGAAGUUUGCAAAAAUUCUAGAACUGUUGCUCCUACUGGGCAACUAUAUGAAUACAGGGUCCAACAACGCGGGCGCGUACGGAUUUGAGAUUAGCUUCUUAACAAAGUUAACAUCAACAAAAGAUCUGGAGAACAAACAGACCCUGCUGCAUUACCUAGUCGAGACGAUCGAGAAUAAGUUCCCUGAUGCGCUCACGUUCGCAGACGAGAUGCCACAUAUUGACAGGGCGGCGAGAGUAUCAAUGGAGAAUCUCCAGAAGGCACUAAAGAAAAUGGAAAACGACAUAAGAGCUCUCGAAACGGAUCUGAACAACUCGAGAGUUCAGCAGUGUCCCGACGAUCUCUUCCAUGAGAGCAUGAGUUCAUUCGCCAAGGAGGCCCGAGAACAAUGUGAUCUGUUACAUUCGAUGUGCCGUAAGAUGGAAGCGUUGUACGGGGAGUUGGCCGAAUACUAUGUAUUCGAUCCACAUAAGUACACACUGGAAGAGUUCUUUUCAGAUAUCAAGACGUUUAAGGACUCCUUUAUGACGGCGCAUCAAGAGAACGUGGUGGGUCGUGAGACGGAGGAGCGAGCUCGACGCGCGAAGGAAGCUCGCGAGGUCGCGGAACGCGAGCGCCGGGACCGACAGCAGCGGUACAAGCAGUUCGUGGACAUGGAGCGCGCGCAAGACGGCGUUAUGGACAGUUUAAUGGAGGCGUUGCAGAGUGGAUCAGCGUUUAGUAGAGAACGGCCGAGGAAGAAGGCAAACCCUCGGGCAGCUGGAGCUGAAAGAAGAGCGCAGCUCAGCCGGUCUAGAUCUCGAUCUGGACUGACGGGGCCGAUUAUUACACGGGAACUAACCAAUGAGCUGCUCAGCAACGCGUGAUGUUUCAAGCUCAUAUCAAGUGAUAUUAGUAGUAUAUUAAUUUAGUUUUAAGUUAAAUGACAAAAGCAAAAUAUUUUACAUUCCAGAGGGCUGUUUCUAAUUGGACGAAGUGAUAAAUAUUUAUGGCAAUUUUAUACAAAUAAACCGGUUUAUUUAUUGUGAGUUAUAUACCACCGUCAUAAAAUCUUAAAUCGAGCAUCUAAUACACCGUCGAACAUCUUUCGAACUAUUUUUUUAAUUUGAAAGAAAGUGACAAAAAAUAACGUAAUGUGUAGAUAAGACGGCUGGUUAGGUUUUUAAUUAUUAUGAAGUAUAGGGCUAAUAUAGCUUAGGACGGCUGUCUAUUGGUGUAUUCUUUCUUGCAUUCAUAUUUAGAAAGCACUUGUAUGUACAUUUUAAAACUAAUUCUCUGUUUAUAUCCACUACCACUUUUCUCUCCCCUCUACCUGAAUUCAGAAAUUAUGUAAUAGUGUUGAGUGCAUUCCGUAUUAUCUUUUAGGAAUUAUACGUAUAUUGCCUUUACAUAGUAUGAAACAAAGUCGUCUCCGCUGAUCGGUUAUAUCUUUUCAAUUACGCAUCGUAUUUUAAUGCUAUUUUGAUUAAUAGAUAAAGUGUAUUAAUAUAUAUAAAUAGUGAUUCAAGAGGAUGGUUUAUAUGUUAUAAUACAUGUAUAUUAUAGAACAAGUCGAAAUAUGCAAAGAUUUGUAACGCAUCCGUGCGAAGCCGUCUCGGCUCGCUAGUAAUAAAUAAAAUAUAUAUUUUUCUAAUAUUCGAUGUAAUGUUAGAAUGAAAGCAAGGGUAUAUUUUUAUAGCUUUGUUUAUUUGCACUUCGUUGUGUUUGAUAGAAACUGUUUGAAUUUAACGUACUCUGUACUGUACUCAUUUGUAAAUUGAAAAUGACAAAAAAAAUAUUAUAAAUGUAGAUUUCCAUUUAAUUAUGCACUAGUAACAUAAAACAUUCCAGUAAUUGACUCAUCAUUCCUUUCAUUGUUUUUUUAGUUUCGCUGACCUUAUAUGUAAUGUCAUAUCAAUGACUGUAAUGGUUUGAGCAUUAAGUAUACUUGUUAAGGAGAAAGAAUCGCAGGUUCGAUUCGUAUGUCGAGAUGAUAUUGUAGAUUUUGAUAUCGUUAUAUAAUUCAUACGCACCCAUAUUUAAAAGAAAUUUUAGUGACUUAAUGUAACGAAAUGUCACAAAUAAAGAGUAAACAAGAUGUCCAGUAUUGUGAUUUUUAAGACGUGAAGGAUAUCAAGGAAUAUAUAUACUUAGCAGUAUAAAUACGGGUCCAUUGCCUUAUGGAAUGAAUAACAAUAAUAAACGAUCACUAAAUAUACAGUCUACGAGUUGCCAUAAAGAAGAGUAGCAAAAAAUAAUCUCUUGUAUUAUAAAUGCAGUCAAACCUGAAUAAUUUUGAUACAUAUAUGUAUAUUUGCAGAAGACUACUUAAAGAAUCGUUGCCUUAUAUUUAUAAACAUGCCUACAAGCAAUGCUGUGAAAUAAAAAUAAAAAACAAGUGCAAACGCAAUCAAAAUCAAAACAAUAUUGAUUGUGUAUAAUUGAGCUCUUAAUUAUUAAAUUUGUACUAUAUUCGAGGUAACAGUUACUACGCUUUUUUAUAUACAUUUUAUCAAUGGUUCAGCAAGCAAGAUUUUCCUGAUACAUUUGAUAUAUAAUAAAGUAAUAUAAACUAUUGUAAAAGUGAAUAAAUUUUUCAGUAAGGUAGCAGCAUUGAGCCUUAUUUUGUUAUAGAUAAUACGCUUUAAAGUAAUUUGGACCUAAUUGUAGUAAGGCUGUAUGUGUUUAAUGCUAUUUGUAACCAUAUGGCGGUUGAUGUUCAUAAUCGUCUUCCAUAUUUUAAUGAAGAGUUUUUAAAAUACUGUUUUUGUUUUUAGUGUAAUGUCACAUUACUUCUAUGUAACUAAUUUAUAAUAUUUUAUUUUACAAUAUGUUUUAACAGAUUUCAAAGUUACGACACGUAUUUUGAACUUUAACAUGUUGCAAUACAGUUCAUAAUUAAUUCAACAAUUUUAAACAUUAGCUGUACUUCAAUUAUUCCAUGGUGUUGUGUGAUAAAGUACAUCACAAAUAAGAACAUAUAAUAAUGUAAAAGCUUUGUUAUUUUAGUUAAUUCAUUUAAGUGUUAAUGAAAGUGCGAGUCCAUCCAUAUAGAAAUUAUGUAUAUUAUAAAUUUUAUUAAUGCAGAGGCACUAAUUUGAUAUGUUCCAGUAGAAUAUAUAAAAAUAAAAGAAAAUCUUACUUCACAGACUUAUCAAUAAACAUAAUGCUUUCCUUUCGUAAUGCUCGUUAUAAACUAAAAUAGAGACUAACCAGUCUCCUAAUCUUACUAGGGAUAGCUAUUUAAAAAAGUAUUUUUUAUCUAUGGAUUGAUAUUAGUAAACCGAAUUUUAAACUGGAUCCAUUAUAUCUAUGGUCACUAUGGAAGCCCAUAGACUUAUUUUACAUUUUUUACAACAUACAUAUGAUCGUUAUGAAAAUAAUAAUACAUGUACAAUGAAACAUACAUGUAUGACAAAAUAAUACUUCUAGAUAUAUGUUAUUAGGUGAAUGAAGUGCUCUCAAAGAAUAUAUAAAUUUAAUUUCCCCAAUAAAAAGACUGUUACAUGUCGUAAUGUUGAUGUUUUAUUCAAAAUUAGUAGUAAAUAUUUUGCUAACAUUAAUUUGAUUCGCAUUUUGCGCAUUAUGGUAGCCUUUGUACGUCGAAGUAUAAAGAUUUUUUUUAUGUAUAUAAUAACAUUCUGAUAGUUCUGAUAAUAUGUAAAAAGGUUAUUAUUUAGUUGUAAUUAUUAUUGUAAUUUCAAAAAGAUGUAAGUAUAUGUAAUUUUUUAGAUUGUUUUUAACAACCACUUAAUUUAGUUUUAUAUAGUUAAUCAUCAUAAAGUAGAAUAACGCUAUUAUUA